UCCUGCAAGUCCGCGGGGCCGGAAUUAGUUAGCAAAGAGCCGGGCGGGGCGCGCGACCCUCGUGCUGUGCCCGGGCCGCACGCUUGGCGCACGCCUCCUUCUGCAUGGUGGACAUUAUUUUUCAUUAUCCUUUUCUGGGUGCUAUGGGGGAUCAUUCCAAGAAGAAGCCGGGCACGGCCACGUGCGUGGGCUGCGGGAGUCAGAUCCACGACCAGUUCAUCCUGCGGGUGUCCCCGGACCUCGAGUGGCACGCCGCCUGCCUCAAGUGUGCCGAGUGCAGCCAGUACCUGGACGAGACGUGCACGUGCUUCGUGAGAGACGGGAAGACCUACUGCAAGCGGGACUACGUCAGGCUGUUCGGCAUCAAGUGCGCCAAGUGCCAGGUGGGCUUCAGCAGCAGCGACCUGGUGAUGCGGGCGCGGGACAGCGUGUACCACAUCGAGUGCUUCCGCUGCUCCGUGUGCAGCCGCCAGCUGCUGCCCGGCGACGAGUUCUCACUGCGGGAGCACGAGCUGCUGUGCCGCGCCGACCACGGCCUCCUUCUGGAGCGCGCGGCGGCCGGCAGCCCGCACAGCCCCGGCCCGCUCCCCACGCGCGGCCUGCAUCUGUCAGACCCCGGGGCGGGCCGGCAGCCCGCGCUGCGCUCGCACGCGCACAAACAGGCGGAGAAGACGACCCGCGUGCGGACCGUGCUCAACGAGAAGCAGCUGCACACCCUGCGGACCUGCUACGCCGCCAACCCGCGGCCCGACGCGCUCAUGAAGGAGCAGCUGGUGGAGAUGACCGGCCUGAGCCCGCGGGUCAUCCGCGUUUGGUUCCAGAACAAGCGUUGCAAGGACAAGAAGAAAUCCAUCCUGAUGAAGCAGCUGCAGCAGCAGCAGCACAGCGAUAAGACGAGCCUCCAGGGACUGACGGGGACGCCCCUGGUGGCGGGCAGCCCCAUCCGCCACGAGAACGCCGUGCAGGGCAGCGCGGUGGAGGUGCAGACAUACCAGCCGCCGUGGAAAGCGCUCAGCGAGUUCGCGCUGCAGAGUGACCUGGACCAACCCGCCUUCCAGCAGCUGGUCUCCUUCUCCGAGUCCGGCUCCCUGGGCAACUCCUCCGGCAGCGACGUGACCUCCUUGUCCUCGCAGCUCCCCGACACGCCCAACAGCAUGGUGCCGAGUCCCGUGGAGACGUGAGGGGACCCCCCGGCCCGCGGACCGCGCAUGCUCCCUGCAUGAGACUCGCCCGUGCUCAGGCCCUGCCAGCUGAACGCUCUCGCCUUUGUAAUUGUUAUUAUUGUUACUUAAAGAGAGAGGUCAGAGGAGCGUCAGGACGGCCGAGCGCGCCAGGACGCACCUGCUUUCCGCCAGGCUGGACGGAGGCGAGCCCUGCUCUGAAGACUCGUUAUUUUUCCAGAACUAGAAUGUGGGAUUUACUAGCGUGGGCUCUGCCCGCUCCUCUCCCCGCGUCCGCGGCCCCGUGGCUGCAGGGGGCCCCCCCGAGGAGCAGACUUCAACCCCCCCCAAAGCGCAUGAAUGCCGGAAACGGUAGAAACGAGACUUACCUUGAAAAUGUUUAAAUUAUCAGUCGACGGAUGACAGAGCGUGUGAACCUUUGCAGAACAAAACGUAAGUUAUUGUUAUUUAUUGGAAGAGCAGCCAGUUCGU